AUGGCGUCAAAUGUUCCAAGAGCGGUUAUUCUAAAAGCUACGUUUGCAGCUUGCCUUCUAUCUCCAAGACCUACUUCGGUUCCUCAGGAUGAGAUAAACACCUUCCACACCUCGCUCGAGCGCGCGCUGUCGCACUGCUCCCAAGCUAACAUUCAGUCGGGUACAGGGUCUGGUCAAUUACCUGGAAGCUCUUGCAGAGUCUCCCCCCCAUCCCAGCCCACUGGAUCCAAAGUAUCACCAAAGAGCCAACGCCUCAACAUCCUUUACUUGAUCAGUGAUCUGCUACACCAUUGCAAGUACCACAUAGGCACCCCGACAACCUUCGCCACGGUGAUCGGGUCCCUGCACCUGCGUAUCGUGGACUUGGUCAGUCACGCAGCAAACUGUGAUCGCCAAAAGAACCCACGGCACCAUCGACGGCUGGACGAUCUCUUAGAUAUCUGGUCUAAGCACGGAUACUUCAAUCCCGAGUUGGUCGACAAGCUUCGACAAGUUGUGGCCCUGGGGAUCGCCAUGGAUCCCAACAAUGCGAACUCGGCCAAGAAGUCUGGCAAGGAUGUUCCCUUUAUCAUGCCAGCUAGGCAUGGAGAUCCAUCGACCAUCUGGCAGGAUACUCCUGCAGGAAACAUUCUUCCUCACCUUGUGCCCGGCUCGACUAGCCCAAUCCAACCUAGUGCCGUCAGACCGAUAGAAUUACCAGCAGGUCCUGCUGACAAAAGGUUGGCGGACAGCGUCCAAGCCUUGAUCGAUGAUAUGAACAAGCUCUUCGACUCGGAAGCUCCUGUGGAUGAGAAACAUUCAGACCUCGAUCAGCUAGGCCAAAGAGUGACCCGGAGUGCGACCACAGGCGACAUCCUCGACGGCGAAACCUAUUAUGGAUGGCCCCUUGACUUCUGGCAACCCACCGAUACAGGCGUCGAGAGCUCCGCCGACCGAAGUCGCAGUCCUAGUGUAUCACGAACCGAUAGCAAUCGCCCACGCAGCCGGGAAAGCUCAUACACACCCCACGAAUCAUCCACUUCACACUUCCCGCCCCCCCACCAACCUCAACGCCCCCCCGCUCCGUACAACCCCUUCUCCACUACCCAUCCUUCCAAUGGACAGUAUGCCCAUCCUCCCAUGGGUCCCAGCAAUGGCUACACCCAAGUACCUGCACCCAACUACGGUUCUUGCCCUCCGCCUCCCCCGCAUAUGCCAACAAUGCCCUUCCCCACAUCCGGACCCGGAUCCUCCUCGGCCUUCCCUCCUCCGUACCAGCAUAAUCCUUCUAUGCCUCAGGAACAGCGAGAGGGUAACGAAAUGUCGCAGGGUCAACAUCACUUCCCUGCUCCUCAUUCAGGGGGUCGGGCUGGUGCGCCACGGGGACGACGGGGACGACGGGGACGACGGGGGCGCGGGUGGUAA